CAGGGGCGGACUGACCAUUUGGAAACUCGGGCACUGCCCAAGGGCCCGGGGUCAGUAGGGGCCCCAUGAGAUGCCCCUGGUACCUUUUUCAUAGGCUUUUUAGAGUUUGGGCAAGGACACAGGGGCCCCAUGAUCCCCUAUUGCCUGGGGGCCCCAUGAGUUGUCAGUCCGCCCCUGGUCCGCCCCUGCUCACGGUUUAUGGUUUUUGUGAAUUAGUCUCCAGUCUGGAGAUCCUGCCGGUAACAGCACUUCCUCUUGCA